AGUGCUCAUGCUCAUCAAAAUUUGGAGUUGGCUACAUCAGCCAAAGGUAUGGAGAUUUGUGUGUUUUGCUUCAUCUAUCGUUGGCCUUAUCUGUUACUCUUUGAGCUCCUCUUUCAAUCAUUUACUUGGAAAUUGGACCUGGUGGAAGUUACUUCUUUACAUUGUUUUCAGUUUUUUAAUCUCCCUUUCCACCUUGUUUGCAAAGACAUGGGAAUACUCCAACUCUCGCUGUUUGGAAGCUCACACAGCAUUCUCUGUUUUGCUUAUCACUUCUGUAUACUCCUUUUUCCUUGAUAAAGAUCUGAAAGAGAAAGCAGAUGCCUAUAGUCUGCUUUCUUGUGUUGCUUUUGCUAUCAUGUCUCUAGGCUUGUCUAGGCUCAGUCAGUUAGGAUUUGAGGUUGAUCUCCUGUAUUUUUUCUGUGCACUUCUGACGGUACAACUCAUGAAAAUAAAACUGUGGCUAGUCACUGUUGGAGGAGUUUUCAGUUACUCCCUCCUCGUUCUUCGUUCCAAUUUGGAUCCUCAACCAAGAAGUGGGUAUCAUGGACUUCAACACCAAGAUCAUGUAGUGCUUGAAAUUGAUUCUACUUCACAACCACAAGGAACCAGUAAUAGUGUUACUCAAGUGGAUUCAACCCAAACAAUUAUGGCUAGUUCACAACCACACCCAGUCAUUGAUAUGGUAUGGCCUUCAAGAGGAACAAGGCACACUGCUUCUCAAGUAGUUUCACCUCAAGAGGGCGGUGCUGGUGGUGCCCCUCCAGAAAACAUUUAUGGUACCGAGGAAUGCUUCAUGGGUUGUAUAGAGGCUCUUAAGAAGGAGAAUGGGAACGUUAUCAGAGCAAUUUCCAUGCAUGUAGACAAAUACCUUAAAGCUAGUGUUCUUGGUGAGGAGGAGAUUUCAGUGGCAGAAUUGCAUGGCGACGACAACAUGGUGGUGGAUUCAUUGUCGUCAGGAAUGAUCAUCAAGCUUCGUGAAAGUGUAGAGAAGAUGGUGUCAGAUGGAUUUGAGGAGGAAUGCUUGCACGUGUACAGUAAUUGUCGGAGGGAGUUUCUGAAAGAGAGCCUCUGGGCAUUAGGGUUGCAGGAUCAAGAGCUCAACGGGGAGGACAUUAAUGUUGGAGAAUUGGAAGAGAACUUCUAA